UUUAUGGGUGGGAUUUUCUGAGAGGCGUUGCCGCACUAGAAGCGAGUAGAUUUUUAACCUCCGCAGCCAAGCAAGAGUUCAUACAAACGCAUUUGCAGCCGCCUACAGUGAACUUCUUGUCAAUUUAAUCGGAACCUUUCAUUAUGGCCAACUACAUUCAUGUACCCGACGAGGCGCCCGCUGUACCCAAAAUAGAUGUCACAUUAGACGAGAACGAUUACAGAUCUGGUGCAUUGAGACUAAUCAAGGAACUGAGACCGUUCUGGAAACCAUCCGAGGUCAAAAUGAAGUUCUUCACAGAUGGAAUCACCAAUAAGUUGCUGGGCUGCUAUGUGGGCGGGGUCAUGCAGGAUGUGGUCCUGGUGCGUAUCUAUGGCAACAAGACGGAGCUGUUUGUGGACCGGGAGAACGAGGUGAAGAGUUUCCGGACGCUCCACGCACACCGCUGCGCCCCUCGUCUCUACUGUACCUUCAACAACGGCCUCUGCUAUGAGUUCCUACAGGGCCAGGCGCUGGAACCUGAACACAUCCGCAGCCUGCCCACGUCCAGGCUCAUCGCGAGGCAGCUGUCUAAGUACCAUGCCAUCCAUGCUCACAACGGAUGGGUGCCCCAGUCAGACCUGUGGCUGACCAUGGGCAAGUACUUCGCCCUGAUGCCCAAGUUCUUCCAAGACCCAGAGAUGAACAUGAGGUUAAACAGUGAGGUGCCUAGUCGAAGGCGACUGAGGGAAGAGAUGGUGUGGAUGCAGCAGAGUCUGUCUGUGCUGGGCUCUCCUGUAGUCCUCUGCCACAAUGACCUGCUGUGUAAGAACAUAAUCUAUAAUCAGCAAGGAGAAAAUGUCAAGUUCAUUGACUACGAAUACGCUGGGUACAAUUACCAAGCCUAUGACAUUGGGAACCACUUCAAUGAAUUUGCAGGCCUGAAUGAGGUGGACUACAGCCACUACCCAGAGCGGAGUUUGCAGCUGCAGUGGCUGCGCUCCUACCUGGAGGCCUAUAAGGAACACAAAGGUCAAGGGUCAGAGGUCACUGAGACAGAGGUGGAGGUGCUCUACGUACAGGUCAACCGCUUCUCCCUGGCAUCUCAUUUCUUCUGGGGCCUAUGGGCUCUGAUUCAGGCCGAGUUCUCCACCAUUGAUUUUGACUUCCUGGGAUACGCAGUCCUUCGCUUCAGCCAGUACUUCAAGAUGAAGCCAGAAGUUGCAGCGCUGAACUUUCCAGAGUAAAAGUCCUUCUCCCUAUCUGGUCCUCAUGUCCACCGUAGAGUGCCCUCUAGGGGGUGUCGGAAAGAAGACCCGGAGAGAGCGCAGUCCACGCUUCCUGUGGAUUUCAUUCGGGCACUCACUAGAGACUCAUAGAACCCUAUGGGAACUCAUAGAACCCUAUGGGAACUCAUAGAACUAUAUUAGAAAUAUAACUAUAUUAGAACUCAUAGAACCCUUUUGAGAACUCCUAGCUGUUAGAAACCAUGACUCACCAUCCACUGACACUCCACAGGGCCUAUUCCAUAGCAUCACUGCUACAGACAGAUCCCUACCUAGUUCGCUAUAGAAGCCUAGAACCAUGCACUUCUUCAUAAAGACUAAAGUCUUUCAGACCCAGUCCUCCAAAAUGUCUAUAAAUAUGCAAGAAGAAGAAAAAGAAAAGGAAAAAAACUAUCAUGGCUAUUUUUUUGUUAAGAUCAACCAAAUGAAAACAGUGCCAUGUAAUGAAUGGCGAAUUCAGUGUGACAUUCCAGUAGCAUCUCUCACCCCAGUCUGUGCCCGUCCACAGGGGUAACUCACAACAGAGGAGACCCGGACCAACUCUGGAACUUGUCUCCUGUGUUGUGCUGCUGACUGACUGGGAAUAUUAGUGUGUGUGGGCUCACUCCAAGCCAUUCCUAUUGGAUAUAUAUACAUCUCUUGUCUGGGCUCGCUGGCCCACUGAUUAUUUAGUCACCAUUAUAUCGGUUGGUUUAAUGGUAGGCUACGUAGCAAGUUACAAAUAUGUGUUGGUGCAUCUGGUAUAGUCACCAAUGUAUAUUUGUCGGUCGAAUGGUUAGAUUCACUUAUGUACUGUCUCCUAGGUAACAAACAGGAGUGCCUCCAUCUUGUUUACAUUCUGUUCACCUGACUGAAACGACGUCCGCUUCCCUACCGUAACUGGGCUGUAGUUUGAUUCGUGGGAAAUGUUGUCGUCAUGAUGACGGCCAGGAGUAUUUCCUGGAAAAACCCUGACCAGGAGAAACUCUGGGCCUGUGGCCUUGUGGUCCGGAAACCCGCCACGCCCUAGUCAUGACUAUGUUAUGUUCACUGUAUAAAGUCAUUUAGAUUCACUUUGAGUUUUUUUUCAUGUAACCUCAUGGGGCAGUUGCAUUUGCCUCGACUCAGCCUAGUCCUGGACUAAAAGGCACUUUCAAUGGAGAGUUGAUGUUCAAUGGCGUCACCAUUGGAAGUGAUUUUAAGUCGAGGAUUAUAGGCGUCACCUGGUUUAUUGUUGCCAGGCUACCCAUCCACAACACUCCGGCCAACUGAAGUUUCUUCUCCACGAUGAGUGUGGAUUUGCUUCCCUCCCUAAUGAUUUCUAGAAUGAGAAGGUAUUCUGACCGUUCUGAUUGGUCCCAGAAACUGAUGGGUUGGGCCAGGUCCGGGCCUACACGGAUGACGUUAUCAACUUUGCUACUGGUGAGAUUUUGUUAAGACGAUUCAAUCGCUGAUUAAUUUGUUUUGUACAACGCCCCUCAUUUUGAAGUCACACAGACAACUUCUAGGAUGGCAGUUUCAGACUGAAUGUAUAUAGCGAUCGACAGAGCAGCGGAAUGAAAUUUGGGGUGAAUUGUCUGACAAGGUUUACUGCAACUGCCUGUGAGACAAUAGAGGUAAGACCUAUGAUUGGAGGACCAAUGGCUUUGGUAGCGAGUGUCUUUGAAAGACAUGUAUCUUUGUCUGAAAGUGUCUAACAGUAUAGUACUUGUCUUUGUUUGUUUAUAAUGUAUGUGCUGCUUGGUUCUGGAAGUUCUUUACGACAAAAAGUUCAUCUAAUAGGUAAAAACCAACCAAUACCAAAGUGCUGAUAUUUUCUUUGCUUGCACAUAAUUGCACAUUGUAUUUUUCCAUUUCCGAAUGAUAAUAUUGAUAAUGUACAAUAUUUACUUUUUAAAGUGCAGUUUUAUACCCAUUUAAGUGAAGAACUGUUUUCUGACUGGGAGGUCUUGGAGAGUAUGUUAGGAGUGUGUUAAAACUGCUUCAACGUUAGUCAGGGCAGGUCUGUGCGGUCACUGUACCUGAAUGAAGAGACCACCUUGAUAGGCUGCUGAAAUAGCACCCUAUUCCCUACAUGGUGCACUACUUUUGACCAGGUCCCAUGGGGUGAAGUGUAUAGGGAAUAUGGUGCCAUUUCGGAUAUAUAGACCGACUAUAUAUUUUUCCAUUCAUACUCAGCACUUCCAUGCCAACGGUAUCAGUCUGCAGACUUGCAGCCGGUGUCCUAUGGGUUGCUAGCACCUGUGAGAACUGCAUUUCAAGGCACCUUUCAGGAAGCGACUGCGAGUCUGCAGACCUAUGCCUCUCCCAAUAUCCUACUGUUGCUCCUGACCUGUGCAGCCCUCUGCAUGUUUAGUUAACCCCAUCUACUGUAGCGAAGAAACCACAAACUGGGAAGUCGGACAGGAAUCACGGUAUAUGCCUGUCUUAACUGUGUUCACUUUUUGUUUUGAGCAUGCCUUUUAUUUUGAUGUGGCUUUAUUUAAUGAUAAUCAACAUGUCUGUUUUCUGGGUCUGUGACUGCAGUGUCUGAGAUGGUAGGACUAUGUUCCUUCACCGGGGAAAUGGAGGACGGGUCAGAGAUUGGUUGUUGUUGAUCAGAUCCUAACUUGAGAUGUGUUGUGCGCUAAGUUACUCAACUCUUGUGAAUGUUCUCUACUGACAUAAGUGCAUGGAUUUUUGAAAAGGUUUACUUUACACUUGACUCAAGUUAGUGUUGUCCUUUUAGAAUUAUGUUUGUGUGUUGUCCUCUUGUCUGCAGACCUCGUCAUGUUUUUAACCACACAGGGUCCACAAAUAGUGCUGAUAUAUACUGUCGCCUACAUGUGCGCUAUAAUGUUAAAAAGGAAUCAUAAACACUCCGUAACGCAAGUCUGUUUCCCUGUUGAGUUUCAUUCUGAAAUCAACACAAGACCACUGUAAAAAAAAAAAAAAAAAGCUUGUGAAAAGCAACAACACUCAGCUUGACUCAAUACUGGUCUGCUUCUUUAAAAUGUGUAUAAAUGCACUCCAUUAUUUCUUCUCUGGCAUUUGUAGCAUAUGUGUAUAUGUACAUUUCAAAAUCAAAUGUAAUAUCUCUGCUUGAACUGUCAAAUGUGAAUGACUGUACAUAGGGGGAGUUUUUUUUUUCUAAACAUUGCUCUAACGUCAAGUAGUCUUUUUGUUUAACUGUGAAACGAGCAGACUUUUGAAUACUGUACACAAGUGCUUUGAAAGAAGAUUAAAGUCUAUUACCCUGUCCUGUU